AUGCCUCCAUACAACGACUGGAAUACUCUCGACGGAUAUGUAUCCAAUUCCGAGGAGGACAGGUCAGAAAAUGGAAGUUUGGACUGGCAUUACAACUACCAACAAGAACAUGAAGAGGACAAUUACUAUAUGCCUUUCAGACCCAUGAUCCCUCCUCUUUCGCCUCAUCCCAAAAUGAAAGCCAGCAUGGAUGCCAUAGAAGUUUCGGAUUACAAGGACGGAAUUGCAACCAUGGCGGAACAGGCAUUUAAGGGGGAGUUUGAGCGUGUUGUACAGCUAUCAGCAAAUCCGAAGUAUAGCAAAAAAAAUCCACCCGUAUUCAAAAGGCAGCAUCCUGAUGAGCCUGGAAGCUAUGCACAGCUGCGCGCGGGCAUGCAAGCCACCCAAAUUGAGCAGACUAUUUGUCUGUAUCGCGCUAUCCUGAAUCAAAAACGAAAACGCCUCAUUAAAUAUACAAAAAGUCCUCGCCUUUUUGAGUGCGUUAUGCUCAAUCACAAGGCGGGCAAUGGCUCAAAACUCAGGAUAGCAUUGUCACCUAUUCGGGCGGGAGCGGCGGAGAAGCUAAUGACCCCAAAAUACGACGAGUCAACGGUCCUUGUUUAA